CCUCAUCUCUGGCCUCUCUCUAGCUGACUCUCAGCCCUGCCAGGGGUUCCACCAUGCAGCUGGCCCCAUUUGAUAUGUGGAAGGACUAUUUGAACCUGAACCAGGUUCUGCUGGAUCUGAUCCAAGGUCGGAGGCUCAAGCCAGAGGCCCAAAGGGCUGAGGAUGAGUCAAGGGCCAAGGCAGGAGACGUGGGUGUGAACGGGGGUCCCAGCGAGGACCCAGGUACCCACUGCAACUUUUGCAAACACAACGGGGAGUCGCGCCAUGUCUAUGCGUCCCACCCACUGAAGACCCUGGAAGGUGUGGUGGUAUGUCCCAUCCUGCGGCACUAUGUGUGUCCCGUGUGUGGGGCCACCGGUGGCCAGGCACACACCCUCAAAUACUGCCCAUUCAAUGGUGACCAGAAGGCCCUGAAGUCCCUGUGCCGCCGCAGCAGUCGGAACUCAACUGGCCACAAGGUCAAAGCCUGAAGACCUACGGGGGUCCUACCUUUCCCAUCCCUCCUGCCUCAAGGCCCGUCAAGUUCCCAGACGCCCAUACUCCAGCCCCAUUGAAGUCCUAGCCCUGGGGAAUUCUGGGGUCCAGCCAAACCCUUUCACUCUGCACCCUAAAAGUUUCUUUGGGGUCCCCAUGUCCUCUGCAUUGCCAAGUCCUCAGGCCUCUGUUUGGUGUUUUCAUGCUUCUGGGACAUUUGGGGGACACUCUGCCCUCAGCCUCUGCAGGCAGAUGGGGAGCUUUGUUCCGACUGGACGGUGCCCUCCCAGGGUGGACUCUGCAUUGGGGGGCAGAGAGCAAGACUGGUUCCGACUCUCCAGCCCCCCGAAGUUCAGUAUCUCAGCAUGAGAACGUGGCUCCUGACUGGCAUUCUGAACCCCAGGAUGUCACCUGCGAACAGAACAUGCCG